AUGGAAGGACAUAAAAUAAAAACUAAAUCAAAAUUUAAAGUUCGCCAUCAAAAACAUAAAUUAUUUCGUGCUAAUGAACCAAUAUUAUCUGUACUUAUGUGGGGUGUUAAUUUCACUAUUCAUGAAUUAGAAAAUGUGAAUAUUCCUGUUAUGCUUUUACCGGAACAUUUUAAAGCUUAUGUUAAAAUUCGUAUUGACAAUCAGAAUUUUAAUAAGGAAGUCAUGCCCAGUCAUUUUAAGGUAAAGGAAUAUUGUCCACUUGUAUUUCGUGCUUUCCGCGAAUAUUGGAAAAUACAUGAUAGUCGUUUUCGUGAUUCAUUAACUGAACCACCUCUACCAUUAAAUGAAACAACAAAAUCAAAUUUAAUAUUGUAUCAAUCAUAUGAUCGUCGUUUCAUUCUUAAAUGUAUUGCAAAAGAAGAUGUAGAACAAAUACAUAAUAUUUUACCGGAAUAUCAUCGAUAUAUUGUUGAAACUCAAGGAGACACAUUACUUCCGCAUUAUUAUGCAUUAUACAGAUUAACAGUUGAUGAUAAAGAAAAUUAUAUAUUAGUUAUGCGAAAUGUUUUAUCAACAAAAUUAAAAAUACAUUUUAAAUAUGAUGUUAAAGGUUCAACUGUUGACAGAAGUGCUACAGAUAAAGAAAAAUUAAAUCCAUGUCCAACAUUAAAAGAUAAUGAUUUUUUAGAAGCAAAACGAACAAUUGAUUUAGGUCCAGAACAAAAGAAAAUUUUUAUGGACAGACUUAAACGUGAUGUUAAUUUUCUUGUUAGUCAACAUAAAAUGGAUUAUUCAUUACUUAUCGGUAUUCAUGAUCUUGAUCAAGGUGGUGUUGAACGUGAUCAAACCAUAUCGGCUGGUGAUAUGAAUACAUCAGAUCUAUCUGGUAAUGAGUCAUCUGACGAAUCUGAAAGUCCAGGACAAGUUGGUGAUGAUUAUUCAUCUGAUGAACCAUUUACGAUGCGAAGUGUAGAAACAUCACCACGUCGUGAACUGUACAGUCUUGGUUUAAUUGAUAUAUUAACAUAUUAUGGAAUGAAAAAGAAAAGUGCACAUGUGGCUAAAACAAAAUUAUCUGGUUCAGAUGCUGAUGGAAUAUCUACAGUUCGACCAGAAAUUUAUGCACGACGUUUUCUUGAUUUUAUUGAUAAAAAUUUUACAUAG